AUGGAUUACCUGGAGGUUCCAAAGCUUACACUGGACGAACUUCAAGGCCCCAAACUACAUCACGGUCUGGGCGAGCUCCCUAUUUCGAAACUCCCAGUGGAUGAGCAUCAAGAACUCAAACAGCAUCGCAACCUAGACAUCACCAAGAUUUCAAAGGUUACACUGGAGGAAGGUCAAGAAGCUAGACAGCAUGACAACUUUGAGGAGCACCGGAUUCAAAAGGUUCCUCCGAAUGAAGAUGAAUAUGAUCAUCCUUUCCGUGACUCUCCCAUUACGGCAGCUUUGAAAGUACUUGCCGGUGGGAACAUCUCAAUAGUGGAAUACGGAACUCAAGUUCAAUUCAGAUGUGUUUACGAGGAGGUUCCAGUGGUUGUGGAAUGGGCAGUGCCCGAUGAGCAGUUGUCGCUAGCCUCACAGAUUCUAGUCGAGCACGACUUCCCCCUCCUCUCGACUGGAACUCGACGGUGGCUUGGACACUGGGAUACCGGAUGUUUGCGACACGGCUUGGAUCGUGCAGGCUGGAUGCGUGUACAUCUUCUCCCGUUGUCGUUGGUCGGUCUUACGCUGGAGGAUACAACUAAGGUCCCCUCGAUGUUUGCCUCCGAGAUCAACAUUUUCACACCAAAGCCUCCUCGAUACAUGAUCUCCUUAAUACACCAUCUCCAAAAGUUCCAAAUUGGUGACUCUCCCGGUUGA